GCUUAGUGACAGAAAGUAUUUGUUCUCAUUGUUAUAAUAAUGCUUAAUGAUUAGUAGUUUUUAGACUAGUACUAAAUGCAUUUGUAGUUUUAAGAUAGAGAUUAUCUAACAGUCUAACAAACCUAAUUGUCAUAGCAUCUUCAGUGGUUAUAGUAUAAUAAACUACAGGUGUACAGCAACAAAAAGAGAUCAGAGUAACAUGCAGAACUAUGAGGAGUCUGUGUCGUUUCUGGGGACCUGGGGCCCGUUCCAGAGGAGGGUCUUCUUCUUCAUCUGUCUCACCUGCGUCCCGAGUGGAUACAACAUCCUGUCCGUCAUCUUCCUGCUGGCUAGCCCCCCUCACCACUGCAAAAUCCCUGUCCACAGCAACCUGAGCCAGGACUGGAUUCAGGCCAGCAUCCCAGUACAGGGGGCCGGGCAGACGGAGAGGAGCAGUUGCCGCCGAUUCGAGCUGGACCUGGUGCAGAACCUGUCUGCAGCGGGAUUAAGUCCAAAUGCACUCCUCAACUCCUCUCGGGAGGAGGAAGACUGUCAAGAUCGAUGGAACUACAGUACUGAGCACUACCAGUCUACUGUAGUCACCGAGUUUAACCUGGUGUGCAGGGACCGGUGGAAACAUCCUCUGUCCUCUCUUGUCUACUUCCUGGGAGGAUUGUGCGGCUGCUUCUUAUUUGGACAGCUGGCUGACAGGUUUGGCAGGAAGCCUGUUCUAUUUGCUUGCUUGGCCAUGAUCAGCAUCUUCAGCUGCGCAUUGGCUUUUGCUCCUUCCUGGCCCGUCUUCACGGUGCUCUUUUUUAUGCUGGGCAGCGGUCAGAUUGCCGGCUUCAUUGUUGGGUUUGUAUUGGGUUCAGAGAUCCUGAUUGGCUCAGCCAGAGUUCUGUUCACCAGCCUGGGGUAUCCUUUCGCAUAUGUGAUUUCUAUGAUCCUCCUGACCGGCACUGCCUAUCUGGUCAGAUCCUGGAGGCACCUGUCACUGAUAAUGGCUGUGCCUGGUCUGGCCUGUAUCCCCCUUUGGUGGAUGAUUCCAGAGUCUCCUCGCUGGUUGCUUUCUCGUGGGCGUUGGCAGGAAGCAGAACUCGUGCUGAAGUCGGCAGCUCUAGAGAACAAAGUGGAACCUCCAAAUACCAUCUUCGCCUCAGCAAACGUUGAAAAUGCAACAGACCAGAAAGCAGAGUCCUACAGCUUUCUGGACCUGCUGAGGACUUCAAAUAUUCGUCAUAUCAUGCUCAUUUUGUGGAUCAUCUGGUUUUCGGAGAGUCUAAGCUACUUUGGAGUGUCAUUCAACACGUCCAGCCUCCAAGGAAACCCCUACCUGAACUACUUCCUGUUGACCACAGUUGAGCUCCCAGCAUACGUUACAGUCUGGUUGUCGACGUGCAAUCUUCCUCGUCGCGUGUCAUUUAUCAGCUUUACCCUGCUGGGGUCACUAGCGCUGCUCCUCGUUCAGGUCACUCAACACAGUCAUCCAGCUGUCACCUUGUUCCUGGUGCUGCUGGGUAAAUAUGGCAUCAUGGCCGGUAACGGGUUGAUGUACGUGUACUCUGGUGAGAUGUCGCCCACAGUCAUCAGGAACACAGCAAUGUCGUCCUGUGCCAUGUUCUCCAGACUGGGAUCCUGCGUAUCUCCGUACCUCCUGCAGCUGGCUGUCUUCUAUCAGUUCCUGCCGUGGAUUGUUGUGGCCGGUCUGUCCCUGCUCAGUGUUGUUCUCUGUGGCUUCCUCCCCGAGACCUUUAGGGAGCCUCUGCCUGACACCAUCCAGCAGAUGGCAGUCAAACAGAGGUUCAGGUGGCCAUGGACGUCCACCCCUCCAUCACAGGAUGAUUGGAAAUCUGCUAAAGAUCAGCUCACUGCACCUGAGAUCAUCUGCAUGACUCGACUUUAAGACGCUUGACACACAAACACACACAAAAAACGACAGACUACACAUAAAUCGUCCAAAAAUCCAGAACUUCAUUUUUAGGAAACCGGUUUUAUCAGUGUUGUAGUUUUCUGCGUCCUCUGAUAAGUGACGUGUGAACACUGGGAGAGGGUCUGCGGAGACUGUUGUGAUGCAUUCACUGACACUUUAUGAAAAGGUUAGGGGUAGGUGUGGCCAAGGGGGUAGAGUGGGCGUUCUCCAACAUGAAGGUUGCCGGUUCAGUCCCCACUCUUCCCCAUCUGCAUGCCGAAGUGUCCUUGGCAAGAUACUGAACCCCUAAAU